CGCGGCUCUUCCUGGAUCUUUCUUACAACCAUCUUCUUUCAUCCUCGUCGAAGUUUUCUACGAAGAUGAGAGCCAAGUGGAGAAAGAAGCGCGUUCGUCGUUUAAAGAGAAAGAGAAGAAAGAUGAGGAUCUCAGUCUCUCCCGCUCCAUCGGAUAGCCUGUCCGGACUGUCUCUUCUGACGAGUCGAAAACCAGAGUCCGCCGUUCAACUUGUCUCCCUCUAUCUCCAGCCUCUAGGCUCGAUAAACGGUUUCGAUUUCUUUGCCGGGCAAUGUCUAUUCGGGGUGGCAAUUGUGUGUUUGGUGGGGUUGGAGGGAUCCUUUGCUACUGAUCCUGGGAGUGUUUGCAUGGGAACUGGUCAAUUCCUGCUCGAUUCAAGUUAUUUCACCUACCGGCCUACUGUUGCAGCUGGGGUGCUAGAGCUAUGGAGAGGUCAUUUCGAUCUAAAAGAACUACCAAAAAUAUGACAUGGUGACAUGACAAUCUGUUUAUUCUGCCAAUUAUCGUAGUUGUAACUCAAUUG